CAUUUAUCGCUUUGAUCGUAUAAAAUGGGUGCAGACACCUUUCGGUUUGACUGUUCCUAACAUGUGUUCAGUUAUGUAUAAGGAAUCUGACUACUGGUAUCAAUAUUGGACAAGAUUUGUAACUAACAAAGAAGACGUGAAGAACGAAUGCUUUUACCCUGGAACUAAACUGAUUUACGAACCGUUCAACCUAAGCGUCACAAUGGAUUUUACUGGAAUCCCCUUAAACGGACGAUACAAUGUUAUCGCAACAAUCAAGGCGUUUAGCUUGAAAAAUGUCGAGCGGGACACUAGCAUCUGCUUCGGAAUCGAAGGAGAAUUUAACAGGCUGUAAAUUAUAGCAGCAACU